CAUGUCUCCAUAACUAUGGCACUGAUGCUCUGUUUUUCGCACUACCAGUUCCUUGUAGAUUGCAGUGGAGAUGAAACAGCUGAAAAAAGUCCGGACACAGCUUUUCUCAAUAAAAAGAAUGCCCUACUUCAUCUGGUGGAGGAUAGCCCAGUUCCAAAAACAAUUGUCUUCUGUAACAAGAUUGAUAGCUGCAGAAAAGUUGAGAAUGCAUUAAAGCGCUUUGACAGGAAAGGAUUCUCCAUAAAAAUUUUACCCUUCCAUGCUGCACUGGACCAAGGAAGGAGACUUGCAAACAUGGAGGAGUUUCGUCUCUCAAAGAUGGAGAACAUUUCUUUGUUCUUGGUGUGCACCGACAGAGCAUCCCGAGGUAUUGACUUUGAAGGUGUAGACCAUGUGGUCCUCUUUGAUUAUCCUCGAGACCCUAGCGAAUAUGUACGUCGUGUUGGAAGAACUGCCAGGGGUGCUGGUGGAAAAGGAAAGGCAUUCAUAUUUGCCGUUGGGAAGCAAGUUUCUCUUGCUCGAAGGAUAAUGGAAAGAAACAAGAAAGGCCACCCAGUCCAUGAUGUGCCGUCAAUAUUAACUUAGUAUCCUGCAAAAGGGCGCAUGGAAGCUGGAAAAUAGGACAGUAUGAUGCUGGUGCGCUUAGAAGGCCAUUGAGAAGAAGCAAAAGAAUUAAGAAACCAUCAUAAGGGCUCACAUAUUAUACCUGGGAUCCAGGUUAAGGGCUUAGCUCUGUCAAAAGAUUGUAGAGGGUGGGGUUAGUUAAUAACACAGUGCCAUUAUAGUGGAGUAGGCAAGAAGUUUGUUGAGCAAGUUUUGAUUUCUCAUCCCUGUUCUUCUAAGUCUUCUCAUCUCCAUUCUGCUUUCCUUAUUGUACUUUUUAUCAGUUUCCUUUGUAAUUUUCUUUGAGUUAUCAAUACAAUCUGUUUCCCUUUGUGUUCCAUUAAA